GGUCGAUCACAUUACACCAAUGGGGCAAACCGUCCACUCUGUUCUAUCUUCUAGAACCCAGACGACAUGUCCAGCUCUGCUGCUUCGAAGAGGGAUCCACGUCCUGUCACUUCUACACCUCCAACGAGCUGGGUCACCCCGACUCUCAUCCUCGGGACGUUGAUAGCAACCUUAGCACCCCUCCUCAAUGGUUUCACGCCCGAAUGGCAGGCCUACCUUUCGCCCUCGAGCUUUAUAAGUCGAAAACCAUGGGUACCAUCCGAACUUCCUUCCCAAGCUCAACGCAUCAGUCCAAAGAGUUUUGCUGUACUACCCCAUGUACCCCCACCAUCAGAAGCCAACGGCUUUACCUUGUUCACGCCUCCGGGAGCCACCGUGGAAUCAUUGAAACAGAAACCGUUUUUGGUAUUGGAUGAUGGAUUCUGGGAGAUCAUAGGGGGAAACCCGACAUUAACUAUGAUAGCGACGGGUGGGACGAAUCCGUUGUUUCAUGAAGCCCCAGUCUGGUAUCCUCCGACAGACGAAAUGUUCUUCGCUCAAUCGGCCGGUCCACCCGCAGCCGGUACUGGACUUCAUAAGAGCUCUAUCAUCCAGAAGAUAUCAUUGGCCGAAGCGGAAACAUUGUCACUUGCUGGAAAUGGGACGGGUUGGGUGGAAGUGGUGACCGUGAAUGCCUAUCCGCCUAUCAUCAACCCCAAUGGUGGAGCAAACUUUAGAGGAGAAAUGAUUUUCAUGGCUGAAGGAAUGGGAGAACAUAUUCCUCCUUCUUUAUGUCUCAUGAAUCCCUUACCGCCUUACAACACGACUGUCUUACUCAACAAUUACUUUGGCAGACAAUUCAACUCCGUCAACGACCUAGCCAUUCAUCCCAAGAAUGGCAAAGUGUAUUUCACCGACGUAAACUAUGGGUACCUACAACAUUUCAGACCUGAGUCUGUCUUACCGAACCAAGUGUAUAAGUUCGACGUAGACACAGGUGCGGUGGUAGUGGUAGCGGAUGGGUUUAGUAAAUGUAAUGGAAUAACUUUUUCGCCAGAUGGGAGAUAUUGUUAUAUUGCUGAUACGGGUAUGUUAGCUGGAGCGUAUCCACAUGAUUUCAUGGCUCCUUCCAGCAUAUACAGGUAUACCGUCAAUUUAGAUGGGACAUUAUCGGACAGAAUAACUUUCGCAUAUAUCAACGUUGGCGCUCCUGAUGGAAUACACACAGAUACCAAAGGUAACGUUUAUGCGGGCUGUGGAGAUGGAGUACACGUUUGGUCCCCUUCUGGUACUUUAUUAGGCAUCAUCUAUAUAGGUCAAACCAGUGCGAACUUCCAAUUCGCGGGGAAAGGGAGGAUGGUCAUCUUAGGAGAGACGGAAUUGUUUUAUGUUACUCUAGCAGCGGAAGGAAUGAGAAUUACCGACUUAUGA